UAACCACGCCACGCGGCUACCGAGACUCGCGUAAUCGCCACUCCCGUCUCCGAUUUAGUGCCGGUUUUCUUAAUCUCCGGUUGAUUUUGCCUUGAGUGCCGGUUCGAAAAACUAACACCGGCCCGGGACCAUGUUGUGGCAGGAUCUCUAUUAGCGGUCCACAGUGAAGGGAUCAGUUGAGGAGGAAUCGGGAAUACCAAAAUUGGAAGAUGAAGUUCUUAAGAUCGAUUUUGAUCAUCGCUAGCGCUGAAAUUCUUCUACCACUCGCUGUCGGAGUUGAGGAACGGAAUGGGAAUAAGGUGUCCAAGAGGGCGAAGCCUCUGGAUCCCGACGAAGAUGACUAUUACUAUGAUGACGAUGUGGAGCAAAGGAACAAUCCAACCAACGAAGCGCCAGCGGUACCGCCCGGAUUCCUGAGUCCGUCGGUACGAGAGUAUCUGGAUCUCGGUAAAUCGAUACCCGGACGUCCGGGAACAGACUACCCAGUUCUUGGAAAGGUGCCUUACACAAAUUUCUACUGCGAUGAUCAACCCUAUCCUGGAUUCUUCGCGGACGUUGAAACUAGGUGUCAAGGUUGGCAUUAUUGUGACAUAGACGGUCGACAAGCGUCUUUUCUGUGCCCAAAUGGAACUCAAUUUAGUCAGGCAGUAUUCGUCUGCGAUUGGUGGUUCAAUGUAAGAUGUGAAUUAAGUCCAAAGCUCUAUGCUAUCAACAGUAGACUUUAUCAACGGCCCACCGAAAGCCCGACCAGGCCUCAUCGAGUAAUAACUAAGGAACUUCUAGAAAACAUUUUCAUCACGCGGAAAUAACAGCCAUCAAUAAUAUUUCACAAGUUGUUUUAAUAAUCAUAAUCGAAAUCGCUAUUUCAAGGAAUGAAGUAGACGUUAUUAUCAAGCCUGUCGUUUUUCUAUGAUUAAAAUUUAAAAACUUAGGGUCCGUAUGGUCAUUAAGCGGCUAACAGAGAGGCUAAGGAAGUCCUGAUAUGCGGACUAAGGAAUGGAAUGGAAACCUUGGAAUGAGUUACAGAUGCUUUUUAAAUUUCAAAUUCCAUCUAUAUGAUUUUUAUCAAUUUGAUUUAGACUUUCCGAUAGACUAGUAUUUUCCUAGGAUGUUAAUACAACAGAUUGUAGAGUUUACUUAGAUCAAAACGAAAGUAGAUCGAAUCUCAUCUUUACACAAAUGUGAAGAUUUAACGUAAGUUUAUAGUAAUAUAAAUUGUAAGUUAUAGCGAACCUGUCGUCAGUCAUGUAACUUCGCAAAUUAUGUAGAUCUACAAACUCUGUUACGACUUAGUAGAUAAGUUAUAAAUGCCAAGUACAAUAGUUAAUUUGUAAAUCCACUGAUCAAAUUGUACAACUGCAUAAUAGAAUUAGAAACUUCUGUACAAAUGUUUCAAAACAUUUCGAGAAAUAGGUUGACUAGAUUGCCAAGUACGACACGUAUAAAUCUUGCAUUAAUGGUACACGUCAAGGUGUCCAUUUCGAUUUAGAAUACCCGCUUUUUGUGAGCCGAAUUCUUAAGUUUUCACAAAUUAAAUGUAAUUUAUUUAUAGAUUAAUACUUAAAGAGCGAAAACGGGUGAAUUUUUUGCAGCGUACUUUAAAUAUCGGUGCUAAAAAAUUGCUCAUUUUGUUUCAAUAACAAUCAUAAAACAUUUCAAGCUCUCAAAACAUAAAGAAACUUUAAAAUUGUUUGUGAUUAAUAUCGUGAUUAAUGAUGUUUAAUAAAAUUAAAAAUUUCUUGUGGAAAAUAAAAUUCAAAAACACAGUGUCUACACGAACCGAAAUUUGUUUACGAAUAAUAUCCAGGUUUUUCGGUCUGAGUAGCUAUUCUGUUAGAUAUUUUUAAAUGUUUCUGCAAUCUAAGAAGUAAAAGUAAUGCAUUAUAACAAAAAUUAACUGAACUAUUAAAUGGUACACUGUAAAAAAAGAUUUGUGUAAAAUUACAAAGUUUCG